ACCUGUAGCCCAGCGGUGUAAUAGACACCUCCACCGACUUGAAACGUUGAAGUAUGAGGAGUGUGCGUGAUGUUUAACGUCGUUCACCAGGGUAGGAAAUACGUUCCCACGCACUCUUCGGUCACGGAUGACUCUCCAUUAACCGUGCGGACUGUUAACAUCAAUCUAUCGCCCGGUACACAGAGCGAGGCACCGAAGGCUACUUGGCCGCCGUCGGGCGCUAAAAUGCGGAUCUCUAAGGCCAACAAGGGCGCGGUGGUUGUGAGAGCUGUCCGGCGGCACCCUCAGUCGGCCAGUCUGGAGGCGGCUUGGAGUGAAGGAGGGCACUCUGAGGUGAAGCCAUCGGGGAAUUCACCCAGCCAUGAGGGGAGAAACGGAGAGCCAGGAGCCCGCAAGAACGGGAUGGAGGGUCACGGUGUGGGACCAGCUCGCAGCAGGAAAAAGGGAUUCAGAGCCCCUCACGUGAGAACCAUCUUCUCCCCCGGAGAGAGGGACCCCAGGGUGAAAGAGGAGUCCGGAGAGGGACACACCUUCGAGCCCGGUGGCGGGUACACCUGGUGUGAUGUUUGUUGCAACUACAUCUUCCAGCAUGGUCUCACCUGUACAGGUUGUAAGUACGCGUGUCACACUGCCUGUUGGGACCGAGUGUCACUGGACUGUCACCCUGCAGCUUCAGCCGUCAGCCAGGACCAGCUCAACAACAACACACCGCCACAUGAUGUGGAGAAGGAGAGAGAAUUGCGUACAGAGUUCAGCAGGGAGGAAAUCAGACAGAAGAUCGAGCAGUACAACAUGCUGACCAAAGACCACCUUAAAAUGACACUUAAUCCUACUGGUGUGUAUACUGGUUUCAUCAAGGUCCAGAUGGAUCUGAGGAGGCCGGUGACGGUGCGGGGGGGUCAGAGAGGAGCACGGGGGGAGGAGGCCUUCUAUCUGCCCACAGGAGCCACCAACACCCUCCACAUCAGCUCCAUUAACACAGUCCAACAGGUGAUUGUCGCCCUGCUGAGCAAGUUCACGGUCGCGGACAACCCGGCCAAAUUUGCCCUGUACAAACGCUAUCGCAGGGAGGAGCAGGUGUAUGUGUGUAAGCUGGCGGAUGGCGAGCAGCCGUUGUUUCUUCGUCUGGUGGCGGGACCCGAAGGCGACACACUCAGCUUCGUACUGAAAGAACAACAGACGGGCGAAGUCAUGUGGGAUGCGUUCUCAAUCCCCGAGCUGCGGAACUUCCUGCGGAUCCUGGACAAGGAGGAGGAUGAGCAGAAGGAGGCGGUGAUUCGCCGUUACCAGGCCUACCGCCAGAGACUGCUGCAGGCGCAGAGGGAGGUCAGAGGGCCCUCUUAGAGGAUCAACCUGAUGAGACAGGACUACUGCCCCCUAGAGGAUGGAGGAGGUGCUUCUUUUUUUUUUUUCACCACCUCAGAGGAGAAAAAUAGUGUAAAUUUUGAUGGAUGGAGGGAUGUGAACUUAAAAUUAGAAGAAAGGAUCCGACGCCUGGAAGAAGUGAUGAUACAGACAGAAAGAGGGAUGAUAGAAAGAAGACAGAAAAUAAACUGACGGCAAUCAAAGGUUGAACGGACAAAAUCCGGAUGCUGGAGUUUGAUCCAGCCUGGAUUCAAGAAUUCAAACUGCUGCCUGCUCCCACCAGAGAGUCACUUUAAUGUGCCAUAUUCAUUCAUCCUCUCUCCCUCCAUCCCUCCCUUCUUCUUUUUUCUCUCACUCUGUCCUGCUGUCCCGUAAUUUAUCUGGUUCGUCUACCUUUCCCGUCUUUAUCCUUUUAAGCUUGUGAAAGACUCAAGGCCA